UAGAACCUCUAUCACCGCCAGAUUGAAAACAGUCUCCCUGAGGCUGCCGAGAUCCUGCUCCUGGACCACUUUCUGCUCUGAAUUCUCCUGAAUAUUCAGUUAAGACUCAGAAGAGCAGAGAAACAAUACCCUUAGUACUGGACUGGGAGAAAACUGUGAGGCGAGAAAGCAAUGGCGAUUUGGGUGAAGCUGCCCGGCUGCAGCGGGCUGGUCCUGCUGUUCCUUUUCCUGGGGCUGUUGUUGGAAGUGCGAGCUGGGAAGAUCCGCUACUCGGUGCCAGAAGAGACAGACGAAGGUUUCUUUGUGGGCAACAUUGCCAAAGACCUAGGGCUACAACCCCAGGAGCUGGCGGAGCGGGGAGUACGUAUCAUUUCUAGAGGUAGGUCACACCUUUUUGCUCUGAAUCCGAGAAGCGGCAGCUUGGUCACCUCAGGCAGGAUAGACCGGGAGGAGCUCUGCGCUCACAGCGAGCGGUGUCUGGUGAGUUUUAACAUCUUGGUAGAGGAUGAAAUGAAGCUUUUCCCCGCUGAAGUGGAAAUAAUUGAUAUUAAUGACAACACUCCCCAAUUCCAGUUAGAGGAAGUGGAAUUUAAAGUAAAUGAAAUUACCACUCCAGGUACCAGGAUCCCUCUGCCUUUUGGGCAAGACCUUGAUGUGGGUAUGAAUUCGCUCCAGAGCUACCAGCUCAGCUUCAACCCUCAUUUCUCCCUGGAUGUGCAACAAGGAGCUGAUGGGUCCCAACACCCAGAGAUGGUGCUGCAGAGUCCCCUGGAUAGGGAAGAAGAAUCUGUCCACCACCUUCUUCUCACUGCCUUUGAUGGGGGCAACCCAGUCCAUUCAGGAACCCUCCGCAUUCGUGUUCAGGUGGUGGAUGUAAAUGACAACCCUCCAUCAUUUACUCAGGCUCAGUACCACAUGAGUGUCCCAGAGAAUGUGCCACUUGGCACUCAGUUGCUCAUAGUAAAAGCCACUGACCCAGAUGAAGGAGCCAAUGGGGAAGUUACAUACUCCUUUCAUAAUAUAGACCACAAAGUAGCCCAAAUAUUUCAGCUGGAUUCUUACACAGGAGAAAUAUCAAAUAAAAAACCCCUGGAUUUUGAAGAAUACAAAAUUUAUCCAAUAGAAAUUCAAGCUCAGGAUGGUGCAGGCCUCAUGGCCAGAACUAAGGUGCUGAUUAAAGUUCUUGACAUAAAUGAUAAUGCUCCAGAGGUGACUAUCACCUCUGUUACCACUGCAGUCCCAGAAAAUUUUCCUCCUGCGACCAUAAUUGCUCUUAUCAGCGUGCAUGACCAGGACUCUGAAGAAAAUGGUCACAUUACAUGUUCCAUUCCUGGAAAUCUACCCUUUAAAUUAGAAAAGUUAGUCGAUAAUUAUUACCGUUUAGUGACAGAAAGAACACUGGACAGAGAACUUACCUCCAAGUACAACAUCACAGUAAUAGCAACAGAUCAGGGAAUUCCUUCUCUAUCUACUGAAGUGCACAUUUCACUGCAAGUGACAGAUGUCAACGACAACCCCCCUGCCUUCCCCAAGGACUCCUACUCUGUGUACAUUUCUGAAAACAACCCCAGAGGAGCCUCCAUUUUCUCUGUGACCGCCCACGAUGCCGAUAGCCAUGAGAAUGCACAAGUCACUUACUCCCUGGCCGAAGACAACCUUCAGGGGGCACCUCUGUCCUCCUAUGUCUCCAUCAACUCAGACACCGGCGUCCUGUACGCGCUGAGAGCUUUAGACUACGAGCAAUUCCAGGAACUGCAACUGAGAGUGACUGCGCGUGACAGCGGGGACCCACCGCUUAGUAGCAAUGUGUCACUGAGAAUAUUCAACGUCCCUGAAAUCCUGUACCCCUCGCUCCCCAAUGAUGGUUCCACUGGUGUAGAGCUGGCACCCCGCUCUGCGGAACCUGGCUAUCUGGUGACCAAGGUAGUGGCAGUGGACAGAGACUCGGGCCAGAACGCCUGGCUGUCCUACCGCCUGCUUAAGGCCAGCGAGCCAGGGCUCUUCACCGUGGGGCUGCACACGGGAGAGGUGCGCACGGCGCGAGCCCUGCUGGACAGAGACGCCCUCAAGCAGAGCCUGGUGGUGGCCGUCCAGGACCACGGCCAGCCCCCUCUCUCGGCCACUGUCACUCUCACCGUGGCCGUUGCUGACAGCAUCCCAGACGUCCUGGCCGACCUGGGCAGCCUAGAGAUUCCGCAUGACUCUGACGCCUCAGGCCUCACCCUGUACCUCGUGGUGGCAGUGGCCGCGGUCUCCUGCGUCUUCCUCGCCUUUGUCAUCGUGCUGCUGGCGCUCAGACUCAGGCGCUGGCACACCUCACGUCUGCUCCAGGCUUCAGGGAGUGGUUUAGCGAGUAUUCCCGCCUCACACUUUGUGGGCGUGGAUGGGAUGCGAGCGUUCCUGCAGACCUAUUCGCACGAGGUGUCCCUCACGGCGGACUCGCGGAGGAGUCACCUGAUCUUCCCACAGCCCAACUACGCAGACACGCUCAUCAGCCAAGAGAGCUGUGAGAAAAGCGAGCCUCUUCUGAUAACUCAGGAUUUACUUGAAGACAAAAAGGAGAUAUUUUCUAAGGUUGGCGGUGAGGUUCUUCAUCUUACUUGAUUUGCAUGACCUUCCCCAUUUAAAAGAUGGAAAUUUAAAAAUACAUAUGCUUCACCAUGUUUCAGGAAGUUAUGUCAUGGUAUCUCUGCUUAGUUAAAAACCUCAUUUGCCUCUAAAGUAGCUGUGUGUUCCUUGAAGAAGUUAUUUGCUCUAUAAUAAAUGAGUAAUGUAAUAGUAAA